AUGUCUUCGGUCGCCUCCACCUUUGCAAUCCCACGGUGCCAGGAUGCCAUGGUGGUUGCCGGCCCCGGUCAGCUUUCUCUGCGCCAAGAUGGGCCUCUGCCUCACGUGGCCCCUGAUAUGGCCCUUGUUCGCACUGUUGCUGUCGCUAUUAAUCCCGCCGACGCCAAGAUGCUCGAUUACAGUCCAGCAGUGGGCGCUAUUCAUGGAUGCGACUUCGCCGGGGUCGUUAUCGCACUCGGCUCAGACACCCCGCGUCAUCUUUCCAUCGGAGACAGGGUUGCUGGGGCCGUUCAUCGGAACAACUCCUGGAGCCCCGUGUCGGUGCCUUUGCACACGACCGCUGAGCUGUUCCUCAAGAUUCCGGACACGAUGACUUUCGAGGAGACAUCCACUCUCGGCAUCGGCUUGGCUACCGCGGGUCUUGCCUUGUUUCGCGAAUUAGAGAUCCUGUCAGAAAUCAAUGGUAUAGGAGCGUACAGUGUCCCCGUGCGUAUCGAGGAUCUGAUCGACAGGCCGGGCCGGCCGGGCCGGCCGGGUCAGAUUCGGAUGUCACACCGAAUGCGGUGUGGGUCCUUGUAUCUGGAGGCAGCACCGCCACUGGCACCCGGGCCAUUCAACUUCUCAAGCUGGCAGGAUUACGGCCAAUUGCAACUUGCUCGCCGUCGAAUUUCUCACUGGUCCUCGGAUUUGGAGCCGAAAAGGCGUUUAAUUACCGCAGUCCGGACUGCGCCAAAGAGAUCCGCGCUUACACACGCAACCGCCUGGUGUACGCGUGACUGCGUGUCUGAGUCAGACAGCGCCCAGCUGUGCUAUGGUGAAAUUGGUAGGGCUGGCGGGCGGUAUUGCGCGCUCGAGCCCGUCCCCCAAGCCGUGGCAGCUGCGCGCCCGACCGUCCGCGCUUCGUGGCUGAUGGUCCUGACCAUGUUCGGCGGUCGCGUCGCGUUGGAUGGUGAGUACGUGCGCGAAGCAUCAGCUGCAGAUCGGGCCCUGAGUGCGAAGAUCUUUGCGGCUACACAAACAUUGCUGGACAACGGUCGCAUCAAAUCUCACCCAGUCAGAGUCCUAGCCGACAGUUGGGUCGGUGUCACCCAGGGUGUGGACAUAAUUCGUACUGGGGCGAUCUCAGGACAAAAGCUGGUUAUCCGUGUCGACUGGUACGCUUGUCAAGAAAUCCAGCUAGAUAUAAUGCCCGCGUUUUCCAAUGUUGCUACAUGUAAUAUGCCCUAA